UCAAAAUCACAUCCUGAAUAUCUUCACACUUUUAUGCUCUCUCAUUUAGUUCAUUUUCUCUCUCCACUAAAAUCUGUUGCUCAAUUUGGUAUCAAUGGCAUUGGCAGUAUCUCUUCAAUCCACUGGUUCUACGUCCUGCCUCCAUGCUAGAGCUUCCGUUUCUCCCCAUCCUCUCAGUUGCGCAACCAGAGUUUUUAUUGGAUUAAAGCCCCAAUCUUCAAGUCUUUUUGGAAGUGCCAGACCUAAUUUGACGGUUGAUUUCUAUGACAAAGUUCACAAGAGUCUACAUUACACGUGUAAUACUAAACCAACACGAGGAAGGGUCAAUAUGAUGCCUAUUGGAACACCCAGAGUACCUUAUAGAACCCCUGGUGAGGGAAGUUGGCAAUGGGUGGAUUUAUGGAAUGCCCUUUACCGUGAGCGUGUCAUAUUCAUUGGGCAACAUAUAGAUGAAGAAUUCAGCAACCAAAUACUGGCAACCAUGUUGUAUCUGGACAGUAUUGAUGAUGGCAAGAGACUUUAUAUGUACAUCAAUGGUCCUGGUGGGGAUCUAACACCAAGCUUGGCAAUUUAUGAUACAAUCGCGAGCUUAAAAAGUCCUAUUGGCACGCACUGUGUUGGUUAUGCCUAUAAUCUUGCAGGAUUUCUCCUAACAGCUGGAGAGAAGGGUCAACGUUUUGCAAUGCCUCUUUCAAGAAUUGCACUGCAAUCUCCUGCUGGGACUGCUCGUGGCCAGGCUGAUGACAUCCGUAAUGAAGCUGAUGAACUUCUUCGGGUCAGAGAUUAUCUCUACAGUGAGUUGGCUAAAAACACAGGUCAACCAGUAGAGAAGGUUCACCAAGAUUUAAGUCGGGUGAAGCGUUUUAAUGCUCAGGAGGCUCUUGAAUAUGGACUCAUUGAUCGUAUAGUGCGGCCGCCUCGGAUUAAGGCCGAUUCACCUCGGAAAGAUUCAACAGCAGGUCUUGGUUAGUGUGUGUUGUCAAGCAAUGUAGUUAUCCCUGUUGCAUAUCUGUUUUGUGUUACCAAUCGGAUUUUGUGGAUGAUGUUUAGUUAUUAAUGAAUUUGCAAUGUAUAUCUCGUAAUUCAAAUCUUUCAAGAGUUAUAGUCAUUUUUUUGUUGGAUAAUA